GGCAUAACCAAAGUCCACGCAGAUGCCACUUUUAAAGUUGUUCCGUCUAAUAUGGGCAAUCAAUUGCUGAGUAUUAAUUUUAUGAUUGAAAAUUAUCUGUGGUCCGGUCACUGGUGGGCGUGAUUGACGACGGCCCGUUGAUUUUUCAUUGUGCCGUUUCCCGUUGUUUGCAUUUCAUAUUGUGCAACACUGUAAGCUGCGCCGCCGUCACCGUAACUCGACAUCAACAGAUUUGUUUCGUCGACUCGAAAAUUGUGAAAGGCACGUCCCUUGUAUCUGCACCCUACAAUAAUAGUAAUCAGACGAUUGGUGUUCGAAUCAUCCACAGAAACGUGAUUUGAAGUUAAUCGAUCGAUCAUUGCAAUAUCAUAUCGAUCUAGACGUUUUAUAAGCAUUCCAUUACUACCACCACCACCACAAUGAGCGUAGACGCCGAAGCUAUUUUUUACAUCACCAAGGGCAUCAUGACACUGGAAGAAUCCAGGAAGUUAAAUGACGACCGUGAAAACUUGGACCUUUCAUUGUUGAUUGGCGUGACGACCGAUGAUCAGCUAUAUGACCAAAUCAAAGUUGAAAUUGAUAUAUUUCAUAAGUGCAAUAAAAUAAUUGAGAAAGAAGAAAAACACAGUAAACAUGCAACGUUUUUACUCUUGGUGCUGUUCGAUCGCAUAAACAAUAUGUUUGCGUAUAUGUUUAUCCUGUUCCCCAUUAAGAAUGAAUGUGUCCAGAAGUACAUACAAUUUUGCUUAAAUCAUCUUUCACUCGUAUUCACUCUAACAUCUAAAAAUAAUCAAAAAUCAGAAUAAACCACUUUGUUACCAUCUAAUACACUGGUUAAUUAAGCA